ACUUUGUAUAGGAUAAUGGGAAUGAAGAAGGGAGUACAGUUAUGGAUUUUCUUCUUCCUCUGCAGUUGCUGCGAGGGCAAAACUUUGGUGCAGAUAGUUCAGCGUCCUGCUGUCACCACAAGUGAAUGUUCUACUUGGGGUAAUUUCCACUUUCAGACAUUUGACCAUGCAAAAUUUGACUUCACUGGAACUUGCCGUUAUGUUUUUGCUUCACACUGCAAAGACAGUCACCAGGACUUCAGUAUCCAGAUAAUGAGGAGCAUCAAGAAGGGGACUGCUAUCUAUUUCACGGCCACUAUAGAUGGAGUGCUUCUGGAGGUCAAAGAAUCAGGCAUCACAGUAGAUGGGAAGAUGAUUCUUCUGCCCUUCAGUCUGAAGAGUGUCCUAGUAGAAGACAUUUAUCCUUAUUUCCUAAUUACCUCCAAACUAGGCCUGACUCUCAAGUGGAAUUGGGGUGACACUCUCCUACUGGAUUUAGAAGAUACUUACAAAGGGGAAACAUGUGGUUUGUGUGGGAACUAUGACGGCAAUGACAAAAAUGAUUUAUUCCUACAGGGGUAUCCACUAUUCCCAUGGCAGUUUGGAAACCUUCAGAAAGUAGAUGAUCCAACAGAGAAGUGUUCUGAUGUAAUUGGAGACAAAAGAAAGCAGCAAGACAACUCUCAACAGCAAGAUAAAUGCAAAAAUAGAUACAAAUCUAAGUGCAAGGAGGCCCUAUCCCACUUUGGGAAUUGUAAGAGGGUGGUUGCUAUUGAUGAUUAUCUAGCUAUCUGUAUUCAAGAUAUGUGCAGCUGUUCUGAGAAAACUUCUCAUUCUGACCUGAUUGCCAGCUGUGUAUGCAGCACUCUCAGUCAGUACUCCCGGGACUGUGUCCGCAAAGGUGGAGACCCUGGAAAAUGGCGAUCCAAGGGACUCUGUUUCCUGAAAUGUCCAAACAACCUGGAAUAUGCAGAAUGUGGAAACCCCUGUACUGAUACCUGCUUCAACCCAGAAAGGAGCAAAAUAUGUAAAGCCCCAUGUACUGAUGGAUGCUUUUGUCCUAAAGGAAGCAUUCUCGAUGACAUCAAGGGCAAAAAAUGCAUCCCAAUUGGCAGCUGCCCCUGCACCUUUCAAGGCAAAGUCUAUGCAGCUGGAGACACCUAUGCCACCUCCUGCCAAAACUGUACUUGCAUGAGUGGAAAAUGGUCCUGCAUAUCGCUGCCUUGUUCUGGAAACUGUCAAAUAGAAGGUGGAUUCCACAUAACAACAUUUGAUAAGAAGCAAUUCGUUUUCCAUGGCAACUGCAACUAUGUCUUAGCUAAGGACACAGAUGGUUCCUUUGUGGUAAUUGGAGAGAUUGCUCAAUGUGGCGUUUCCAACACUAUGACUUGUCUGAAGAAUGCUUUAAUCACUUUAGGAGCCCUUAGUAUAAGAGUCUGCUCCACUGGAGAUGUCUAUGUCAAUAAUGCCAUUGUGGUAUUGCCUUUAACUAAAGAUGGCGUCACACUCUUCAGACCAUCUACAUUCUAUGUCAACAUCCUGACUUCUUCACGGGUACAAAUUCAAGUGCAGCUGAAACUCAUUAUGCAGAUCUUCAUAACAGUAGAUGAAACUUAUCAAAACCACACUUCUGGCCUUUGUGGAAAUUUCAACAAUGAUCAGGCUGAUGAUUUUCAAACCAUCAGUGGGAUUGUAGAAGACUCUGCUUCAGUGUUUGGAAACUCAUGGAAAACUAUGGCCAGCUGUGCUGAUGUUCAAGACAGCUUUGAGGAUCCCUGUCAGAAAAGUGUUGAUAAAAAAAAAUUUGGGCAGCGUUGGUGUGCUCUUCUGCUGGAUGCAAAGGGGGUAUUUGCUGAGUGCCAUUCUGUUAAUGACCCAGCUCCUUAUAUCAAGAACUGCAUUUACGACACUUGCAAUGCUGAGAAGAGCAAAGAGGCUCUGUGCAGCAUUUUCUCUGGCUAUGCCAGAGAUUGUGCCGCAAGAGGCAUCCACUUGAAAGGAUGGAGAGACAACAUCUGUGAUGUCUCCACAGAGUGCCCUAAGAAUAUGGUAUACAACUAUGAAGUGAAGUUCUGCAACAACUCUUGCCGGUCCCUGAGGGAGCCUGAUGUGCUAUGCAGUGUCCAGACCAUCCCUGUGGAUGGUUGCAGCUGCCCUGAGGGAACUUACCUAAUGAAUGAGGAAGAAUGUGUCUUUCCAGAGGACUGUCCAUGUUACCACAAGGGUCUGCUGAUACAACCCAGAAGUUCAUUUCAAAAGGAUGAGCUCGUGUGCAAGUGCAUUCGAGGACAAUUGGAUUGCAUUGGAAAUACAGAAACAAAGAAAGAUUGCCCUUAUCCAAUGUCCUACUUUGACUGCAGCUCUGCUGGCCCAAGUGCGACUGGAUCAGAAUGCCAGAAAAGUUGUGAAACACAAGACAUGCAAUGUUAUGCUACAGAAUGUGUCUCUGGAUGCAUGUGUCCUGAUGGGCUGGUGUCCGAUGGUCAUGGCAACUGUAUUGAGAAGGAGCAAUGCCCCUGCAUGCAUGGAGGGAAGUUCUACAGUCCUGGCACACGAAUCACAGUAAAUUGCAAUACAUGCAUGUGCUACAAGAGGCAAUGGAACUGUACAAAGAACUACUGCCAAGGAGCCUGCAUGGUGUAUGGAAAUGGCCACUACUUCAGCUUUGAUGGAACAAAAUUUGAUUUCAUGGGAGGCUGUGAUUAUAUCCUAGCCCAGGACUUUUGCCCUGAUAAUCCUGACCCAGGCACUUUUCGAAUUGUAACACAGAACAUGGCAUGUGGUAAAUCCCUGAGCAUUUGUUCCUUGAAAAUUAGCAUCAUCUUGGAGGGUAGUGAAAUCAGACUUCAGGAAGGGAGAAUUGAGGAGAUAACUAGUAUGGCGCCUUCUGAAAGGAACUAUAACGUCUAUCUCAUGGGAAUCUACAUUAUAAUUGAAACUUUCCAUGGAAUGACCUUCGUGUGGGAUGAGAAGACAACAAUGAUUGUACAACUGGCACCCUCUUUUCAGGGCAGAGUUUGCGGUCUUUGUGGUGAUUUUGACAACAGUGGCAACAAUGACUUCACCACGAGAGGGCAGUCUGUGGAGAUGCAAGCACAGGCAUUUGGAAGCAGCUGGAAAGUCACCACUAGCUGUUCAGACAGAAACAAAGUUGACCUAUGUGCAAGUCAGCCUUCCAAGCUUGUAUUGGGGCAAAAGCGAUGCAGCAUUCUCAAGAGUGACAUUUUUGAAGCCUGCCACAGUAAGAUCAACCCAACACCCUAUUAUGAAUCCUGCAUAUCUGAUUUUUGUGGUUGUGACAGUCUGGGAGACUCUGGGUGUUUCUGUACUGCUGUAGCAGCAUAUGCAAGGAGUUGUGGCAGAGUUGGCAUCUGUAUUGACUGGCGAAGUCCUAAAAAUUGCCCUGUGUUUUGUGACUACUAUGAUUCAGCCAACAAAAGAGAAUGGCAGUAUAAACCCUGUGGAGAACCUUGUUUAAGGACCUGCAGGAAUCCAGCAGGAAACUGUGACAAUCUGCUUUAUAAUUUUGAAGGCUGCUACCCAGAAUGCAGUGUUGAGAAGCCAUAUUAUGAUGAGAAAAAAAGAGAAUGUGUCUCAUUGCUUGAGUGUACCUCAUGUGAUCCAAAAGAAAAACUCUGCUUGAACAAUUCAGAUGAAACUGGAUGUCCCAUGCUUCUUAUUGUUUUAGAGAAAACCUUAGUGGCUCCCCCUGUCUCACCAGCAAAAUCAGAAAUGAGAACCACACCAUGCUUCUGUAAUGUAAAUGGACAGCUGAUAACAAGUGGCAGUAGCCAGUUUGUGACAAUGGACACUUCACGUUGGUGUAUUUAUGCCUUUUGUAAUACAUCAUGCCAGAUUGAAUUCAACUAUGGAGAAUGUAUCUCAUUCUAUACCACUCCUGUCCCAAGCAAGCCUGCCAUGAUCCCCAGUAGACCUUGUAAGGGGAAUAAUCAGAACUGUGAGAAAGAGCCUCCUCCUUACUCUGAAGUUAAAGCUUCUUCUGCCUUUACUCCUGGGAGUGAUUGCACUGACCUCAUUCCUCCUAGAAAGUAUCAAGAAUUAUGGAAAUUUGAAAACUGCCAAAUCGCCACUUGCUUAGGUGGAAAACAUAUUAAAGUAUCUGAUGUGCGCUGCCCACCUCAAAAGUCAAAGAUCUGUGUCAAUGGAUUGCCAGUUGUGAAAAACUAUGAUGCAUCAGGCUGUUGUUGGGCUCUGGAGUGUCAAUGUGCUUGCAAUGGAUGGGGAAAUCAACACUAUGUAACAUUCGAUGGAUCCUAUUACAAUUUCCAUGGGAAUUGCACCUAUCUGCUUAUGAAACCAAUCAUACCUGGCUCUCAGAAUUUCUGGAUCUACUUGGACAAUCACUAUUGCACUGCCACAGAGAGAGCUUUAUGCUCUAUGAGCCUUUUCAUAUUUUACAACCACUCUACAGUCAUUUUGACACGAGGAAUUGAAAAUGGAGAGGAAAGAAACCUGGUUCUAUAUAACAAUAAAGAAAUCACAUCGAGUUUUUCAAAAGAUGGCAUUGGCAUCACCAACUCUGGACACUACGUUGUGGUGAAAAUACCUGAAAUGGGCCUUUAUGUCACCUAUACUCGCCUUGCUUUUCAAGUAAACAUGCCUUUCAGCACUUUUUAUAACAAUACUGAAGGGCUAUGUGGUACAUGCACCAACAAAAAGACAGAUGAUGCAUUGAAAAGGAAUGGCAAGAUUGCAGAUUCUUUCACAGAAAUGGCAAUGGACUGGAAAGUGAUGGACCUCAUCACUAGACAUUGUGAUGCAGGGCAACAUUUGACACCUUUUCAGACUCAAAUGUCACCAUCCAAAAUGGCCGCCUGUGUAGUCCCUCCCCUAUGUAAACUUAUCUGGAGCUUUACAGAAUGUCACAAUGCUGUUCCACCACGACCGUACUAUGAUGCCUGUGUUGUGGAUGGCUGCUCUUCAUCAAAGCAGAACAUGGAAUGUGGAAGUCUCCAGGCCUAUGCAGCCUUGUGUGGGUACCAUGGGAUCUGUGUAGACUGGAGAAGGAAAGCCAACAGGAAGUGUGAACUCAGAUGCUCUCGGGAUCAAAUCUAUAAUCCAUGUGGAAGAAUGGAAAGGCUCACUUGCAACAGUGGAAAAAAUGCAGUUGGUGCAAAUCCAGCAGAAGGUGACAUUCCAGGAAUCCUUGUUGAAGGGUGUUUCUGUCCGGAUGGAAUGAUCCAAUUGAAUCACCAUGAUAGUAUCUGUGUUUCUGUCUGUGGCUGCACAGGAACUGAUGGACUAUUGAGACAGCCAGGAGAGCGGUGGGAAAAAGAUUGUCAGGUCUGUACCUGUAGCAAGGACACACUGGAUAUUUCUUGUUCCCCCCACAUUUGUGCAAGAUCUCCACCAAUCACUUGCACAAGGGAAGGAUUUGUACCUAUAGUGCGGAUACAGCCAGAAGAUCCCUGCUGCACAGAGAUAGUGUGUGAAUGUAAUGAAAAGUCGUGUCCUCUGACCAAACAGAUAUGCAAUCCAGGCUUCCAAAUUGUAGCAACCACUUCUGAUGGUGCCUGUUGUCCCAUUCAUGUCUGUAAACCAAAAAAUGUUUGUGUGUCUAAAGGAAUUGAGUAUCAGCCUGGAUCAGUGGUACCUUCAGACUCUUGUGAUGAAUGCUUCUGCAGUGUAACACAGGAUCCUAAAACCCAAACCAAUAAAAUUAAGUGCACUCCAAUUAAUUGUUCUACUGAAUGUCAACAGGGGUUCCACUAUAUCCAGAAAGAAGGAAAAUGCUGUGGUGAAUGUGUGCAGACAGCAUGUGUGACAAAGCUUUCACCUGGGAUAGUAGCUAUUGAGGUUGGGAAGACCUACAAGGAUCCACAGGAUAACUGUACUCAGUAUCUAUGCACCAGGGUAUCAGAUCAAUUUAUACUGAGUACCACAAUAAUAUCCUGCCCAGUGUUCGAUCGAUCAAAUUGUGUCCCAGCAACUAUUCAAACUGCUGCUGAUGGAUGCUGUGAGAUAUGUACCCCCUUGUCACAUAAUUGUACAAUUAACCUGAAGAGGCAAUUCAUUGUUUAUAAGAAUUGUAAAUCAGCCAGGCCUAUCAACGUUCCUUCCUGUGGAGGAUCCUGCAACACCUACUCUGUAUAUUCCUUUGACACUCACAAAAUGAAGCAUGGAUGCACAUGUUGCCAUGCCACAAAAUACCAUGAAGUGAGAGUGGAACUGGUUUGCAGCAAAAGGAGGCAUAUAAAAUACAAAUAUCUUUAUGUAGAUGAAUGUAGCUGCGUGGAAACUAAAUGCCCAACAUAGAAACAUGAACCAAAAAAUGUUGGUGAAAUGUUUUGUCUUUAUUUGAAUUAUUCAUUUUAAAAAAUGCUUCAAGCAGUUGUGUGCAAUUGUGUGCAUGCGUG